AUGUCCUGCACAGAUUCUCGUUUGGAACGGGAACAUGAUACUUCAGACAAACAUAAGAACUCUACCAGAUUCCGAACCAGCGAUCUAGCGAACCGACCGACAAUUGAACAGCGGCCGACGAUGAGAGAGAGCAGAUGUCAGUUAUUAAGAUUGAACAGCUUGCCGUGGGAGCGAGCUAUCAGUGCUCUGACUAGACCAACAAUGAAUCUACGGACUUACAUAAAGACUACCGACGUCGCAAACCUAGCGCCAAUCAGCUAUCAGGCAUUGCCUUACCCAUAUAGACCUGACUAA